CAGGAUACGAGUUUGGUUACCUCGCCGCUCCGUAGCGCGGCUCCCGACGGCGCUCUCUGUACGCGCGGCCUCGGUGGUCGCAGCGCGCCGCCGCUCCGCGUCGCCCCGCUCGAGGAAGCGCCUCCGCCCGCCGGCGCCGUCGAUCCCCCCGCCGCGGGCGCCGCGACCAUGCAGAACCACAAGCUCGCCGGGCGGGCGCAGUCCGUGAAGAAGAGCACGGUGCGCAUGGUCGAGAACCACCUCGCCAAGCAGCGCAACGCCUACGACGCGUGGAUCCAGGAGCUCUGCAGCGACGCCGAGGAGAGCGCCGCGGAGCGCGACCGGCUCAAGGCCAAGCUCAUGAAGCUCCGCGAGGAGCACAAGCGCAAGAUGGCGCGGUCGCCCCGCAUGAUCAAGAUCCUGAGCCGCAUGAGCAACAUGGUCUACUACCGCGCGUGGAGCUGCUGGUACAACGCGACGAUCCGCAUCCACCAGAUGUCCAUCGACGAGGAGAUCAAGAUGCUCCGGGCCGAGGUCAAGGACGCCCGGGCCCAGGCCGAGGUGCUCGAGACGGAGGCGCAGGCGCGCGCGGACGAGGCGUCGGCGCUCGCGAUCGGCAACGCGUCGGAGUCGCAGCGCAAGCUCAUCCUCAAGAUCAUGACGAAGAUGGUCCAGGGCCUCGCGCGCGUCGCCUACACGCAGUGGUACAAGCAGACCUUCAUGGCGAAGCACCAGAAGAACUUGAUGCUCAAGAUCAUCAAGCGCCUCGAGCGGGGGCAGCUCGCCAAGGGGUGGACGCAGUGGAAGGUCAUCGCGACGAAGUGGGCCCUCAUCGAGAAGAUGGAGCUCAAGGAGCGCCUCAUCAAGGAGCUCGACAUGCUCGAGAAGAAGGCCAAGGAGUUCGAGCAGGAGGCGUCGAGCCGAUCCGAGCAGGCGACGAUGGCCGCGAUCAACCGGUGCUCGUCGGAGCAGAAGGAUUUGCUCAUCAAGAUCAUGGCGAAGAUGUGCGACAACUUUUUGGUCAUGGGCUGGUCCAUGUGGAAGAAGAAGAUGAACAUCUACAACAACACCGUGAAGCUCGUCGGCAAGAUCCUCAGCCGCAUGGUCAACAUGAAGAAGCACCAGGCCUUCCGCCGCUGGCACGAGGUCUGCUUCGAGCUCGUCGCCGACAAGUUCAAGCUCAAGGAGGAGCUCCUCAUCUCCCAGCGCGACAACCUGAUGAACACGCUCAAGGCGCGCGCGCUCCAGCUCGAGAAGCUCCAGGCCGAGGCCGCGGAGCUCCUCGAGCUGAGCCAGCGCAACGCCGCGGACACGGCCAACGUCAUGGCCGUGUCGAACCGCUUCGCCGACAACAUCCACGUCAUCCUCGACAAGAAGGCCCUCGAGGAGGUCGACGGCCCGGACCCGAACAAGGUCUCCUACGACGACUUCGUGUUGCUACUGGUGCUGACGCACGUGCUCGCGCAGCAGUCGCCGCCGUCGUCGCACAUGGGGCAGUUCAUGGCCGAGAAGCCCGUGCGCCGCGGCAAGGCGCGCGGCCGUCGGCUCGAGACGCUCGACAUCGGCGACGACUUCUGCACGAGCAUGAACAUCAACGCGGACACCGCGCCCAGCGGCGACGGCUUUAACUACGGUGGCGGCGAGGGCGAGUACCCGCCGUCGAAGCCGUGCGCGGAAGGUACGGGGAAUUGUCCGAGUACGGGCUGUACGCCUUGCAUCCGCGAGCCCUGCCCGAUCUGCGAGUACGACGGCAGCAUCUUCAAGCUCGGCAAUGACGCAGUGUCGUUCGACAACGGCAAGGGGAAGAUGCAGUACCUCGUCGCGUGGGGCUGGACGAACGACGGCGCGUCUUCGACGGACGACGGCGCGUGGGACUACUGGAUGGCGACGUGCCUGUACACGACCUACAAGAGGGGGCUGUACGUGAACGAGGGAAAGAAAGACAUACAACUAGCGGGCACUCAACUCAGCGACGGGAGCUACGCGGUCGAGUGCGACGGUUGCUUCGUCGAUCUCUCCGCGAAAGUGACCAUCGCCUUCAAGUACCUCUACAACAGCGCGUCGAUCGCGCAGCCAGGGGACGGGUCCUACCAUCAAGACUACGACAUCCAGAUCAAGGCCGAGGGCGGCUUCUCGUACAAUUUGGACUUCUCGAUGCAGGCGCCAGAGUUCGAUCUCGGCCAGGAGGACUGGCAGAUCACGGAUUUUCCCGAUAUCAACUCCCUCACGCUCCCGGUGUAUCCCGCUGCAACAACACCAACAUUGAUCGACCUCACGAUCCAGCCGUCCGGCGACGUUCGCACCAAGGGCAAGAUCUCGUCCUCGGGCGGCAAGUUCGAGGCCACUGCUUCUCUCGACACGAACAUCAACGCAUGGGCCUGUGCCUGGGCGACGUACGACGACGACGGCGUUCCCAAGAUGGGCUACGGGACCGGAUUCGCGUACGAGCCCUUGCAGCUCGCUUCCGAGGCAUUCGAGUUAGACGCUUCGACGGAACUCUCGCUCGGGCUCGCGCCCAAUUUUACCUAUGCACUCAAAGAUCUUCUCACCGGAAGCUAUGAUUUUUGUCCCAAGACCUUCCUCGGCACGGGCGAGUCGAGCGCGAGCAGCGGCUCCAGUUCCAGCAGCGGCAGCUCCGGCGGUUCGAGCGGCGGCGACGACGACGAGGGGCUCGACGCGGCCUCGACCGCCGGCGUCGUCGUCGCGCUCAUCGUCGUCUGCGUCGCGGUCGCGGCCGGCUUCGUGCUCUACGCCAAGCGCAACAAGGCCUCGUCGCGGCCCGACGCGGACGACGACUGCGCCAAGGCGGUCUUCGCGGAAGCCGUCGUCGCCGAAGACGUCGAGGACGCGAAGCCCGACGCCGUCCCGCUCAACGCGGAGUUCCACUGGCAGGACACCGCGGGCAACCAGCGCGGACCCUCGACGUGGGCCGAGUACGAGGCCGCGCUGCAGUCCGGCGAGACCGGGCCCGACAGCCUCGUCUACGCCGACGGGUUCGUGGACGAGUGGAAGCCCGUCCGCGACGUGCCGCGCCUCGCGAAGCUCGUCCCGCCGCCGAAGGUUCCGCCCGCGCCGCCCGCGCCGCCGCCGGCGGCGUCGCCCGCGCCGCCGCCCGCGCCGCCGCCCGCGCCGCCGGCGAUGCCAAUGCCACCGCCGUCCGUGGAAGCGGAGACUGCGCUCGUCGAGAAGGAUGAGGCCGCAAAGCUCCUCCGCGAGCCGUCCGCAGAGGCCCUGCCCGCCGCGGCCGCCGCGGCGGACGCGACCCCCGUCAAGAAGGGAUGGUUCGCGAAGAAGCUCGGGGGCCUCAACAAGCCCGGCGCCGUGCCGCCGGAGGUCGCCAAGGCCGAGUUCCACUGGCAGGACACCGCGGGCAACCAGCGCGGACCCUCGACGUGGGCCGAGUACGAGGCCGCGCUGCAGUCCGGCGAGACCGGGCCCGACAGCCUCGUCUACGCCGAAGGGUUCGUGGACGAGUGGAAGCCCGUCCGCGACGUGCCGCGCCUCGCGAAGCUCGUCCCGCCGCCGAAGGUUCCGCCCGCGCCGCCCGCGCCGCCGCCGGCGGCGUCGCCCGCGCCGCCGCCCGCGCCGCCGCCCGCGCCGCCGGCGAUGCCAAUGCCACCGCCGUCCGUGGAAGCGGAGACUGCGCUCGUCGAGAAGGAUGACGCCGCAAAGCUCCUCCGCGAGCCGUCCGCAGAGGCCCUGCCCGCCGCGGCCGCCGCGGCGGACGCGACCCCCGUCAAGAAGGGAUGGUUCGCGAAGAAGCUCGGGGGCCUCAACAAGCCCGGCGCCGUGCCGCCGGAGGUCGCCAAGGCCGAGUUCCACUGGCAGGACACCGCGGGCAACCAGCGCGGACCCUCGACGUGGGCCGAGUACGAGGCCGCGCUGCAGUCCGGCGAGACCGGGCCCGACAGCCUCGUCUACGCCGAAGGGUUCGUGGACGAGUGGAAGCCCGUCCGCGACGUGCCGCGCCUCGCGAAGCUCGUCCCGCCGCCCGCUCCGCCGCCCCCGCCGGCGCCCGUCGUCCCGGCCAUGCCCCCGAAGCAGGCCGCGCCGCCCGCCCCAAAGCCGCCGCCGCCGCCGCCCAAGGCCGCCGCCGCGGACGCGGGCGACGCGCUCGAAGGGCUCACGGAGGAGGACAAGGCCGCGGCCGCGGAGCUCGCCGAGUGGUUCAAGGCCCACGGCUACCCCUCUCUGGAACGCGCCCCGGGCGUCUUGCACGCCCUCGUCGUCGAGGGCUUCGAUUCCGCGGAGGCGCUCGCGCACCUCCAAGAGGACGACGUUCUCGCGAUCCCGGACAUCAAGCGCGGCCACCAGAAGAUGCUCAUCAAGGUCGUCAAGGAUCUACAAGAUUCCAAGGCCUAG